CUUCAUAACGUUGUUUUCACCAAGGCCCUGGACUAUGAGGAGUCACGCACUAGAUGUCGGCGGGAAGCGGAGGCUUGUCGUUUCAGCGCAGUACGUAGUGCACAGCAUUACUGACCAUCUCAGAACCAACACAUCCUCUUCAAAUAAUAAUUUGUACAAGACACUUUCAGAUUAAAACGAGUAACGUAACGACGAAUCGUCGUUUGCUAUUUCGAGAGACACAAACUCGAGGUUUUAGAUAACCUGCAUCAUGAGUCAAAUACGCUUCUAAAACCGGGAAUUAUUAUCCGCCGGGGAUGGCACGUUCACGGUCUUUGGCCAUAGUGCUUGCAUGAACGCGUCACAUCCAGCGGCUCAGUGUCAGCUUCUAGGAAAACCUUUUGCUUUGCUGUCCUCGGAACAGUGUGGCAAGCCUUUGAGAGGGGAGGGAAAGCCGCAAGUGAAUAUCAGAAUGUCUUUAAUCUCCGUUUAGCAAUGGAAGCUGCUGGAAUCGGUAUAAGCGUUUUCUCGAAAGAAUUAUUGGCGUUGCAUUCUCGGUUACUUUUACAAUGUCACAAUCAAGGAGAUCCUGUUGAGGCUUCAAAGAAUGCACGGACAUUGGCGAUUUUGACUGAUGUGCCAUUGUAGGCACAACAUUUACCAGUUGUUAUCCAUCGCUGUGAAUCAUUUAUGCUAUUACCUGCUGGCCCUGCUCCCACUAAAAUAUUCACAGAACCAAAUGCAUUUCAUAGAGCAUCAAAUAAACAUUCGUUACCCGGUGUCAAUGGUGUCUCAACCAGAUUUACGCUGAAUCCUGGUGCGGAACCGCGGGAACUGAGUUCCGACAAGCUGCAUCUCUCCUUGGGAAGAACCGAUCACCAUCGAAGUGGAUAUGUUGACAUUAACGUGAAGAUGGGUUUAGUUUUCGGUCUCUUGUGGCUGUUCAACAUUUUUUUGGAGGGCAUUCAUUGCCAAGGAGUGUAUGCACCUCCUACAGUCCGAAUCAUCCACUCUGGCCACGCAUGCAACGUCGAGGAGGAGCGCUACACCGAGCGCGUCUACACCAUCCGGGAGGGAGAGACCCUGGAGCUAGCCUGUCUGGUCUCGGGCCACCCUCGACCUCAGAUCCGAUGGACCAAAACAGCCGGUAGCGCCUCGGACCGCUUCCAGGACUCCAGUGUGUUCAACGAGACCCUGCGCAUCACCCGCAUCCAGAGACUCCAGGGAGGACGCUACUACUGCAAGGCUGAGAACGGCCUGGGCUCCCCGGCCAUCAAGUCCAUUCGAGUGGACGUCUACUAUUUGGAUGAUCCCAUUGUAACUGUCCACCAGAGCAUCGGGGAGGCUAAGGAACAGUUCUACUAUGAGAGGACGGUGUUUCUGCGCUGCAUGGCUAACUCCAACCCCCCGGUGCGCUACAGCUGGAGGCGUGGCCAAGAAUUCCUGUCCCAAGGCUCGGAUAAGGGCGUGGAGAUCUACGAGCCUUUCUUCACACAAGGGGAGACCAAGAUUCUAAAGCUGAAGAACCUUCGACCUCAGGAUUACGCCAACUACAGCUGCAUCGCCUCGGUCCGGAAUGUGUGUGGUAUCGCCAACAAGAAUGUCCUCUUCAAACUCUCCAACAAAACAGCAUCCCCCACCAUUAAGCUGCUGGUGGAGGACCCUAUCGUGGUGAACCCCGGGCAGACCGUGACCCUGGUGUGUGUGACCUCCGGGGGUGAUCCCACACCCACACUCACCUGGGUGCACAGCGCGGACGAGCUGCCCAAGAAGAGCGUCCUUAACGGAGGGACCCUCACGUUGCCCGCCAUCUCCAUAGAGGAAGCAGGCGUUUACAGCUGUGUGGCCAGCAACAACGUGGGCAACCCGGCUAAGAAGUCCACCACCAUUGUGGUCCGAGGGCUAAAGAAGGGGCGGUUCUGGAUCACUCCCGACCCGUACCACAACGACGACAACAUCCAGAUUGGUCGUGAGGUUAAAAUUUCAUGCCAGGUGGAGGCCACGCCCCCAGAGGAGCUUCUGUUCAGCUGGCUGAAGAAUGGCCGGCCGCUGCGCAGCUCAGAGCGCAUGGUCAUCACCCACACUGACCCGGAAGUCCAGCCAGGCACCACCAACCUGGACAUCAUCGACCUCAAGUUCACCGACUUCGGCACCUACACCUGUGUGGCAGUGCUGAGGAACGGCGGCAUCCCCGAGAUCAGCAUCGACGUCAAUAUCUCUUCGACCACAGUCCCCCCGGAAUUAACGGUGCCGCGGGACAAAUCCCCCUUGGUGGUCCAGGAGGGUGACACGGUGGAGCUCCAGUGCCUGGUCUCCGGGAAGCCUAAGCCCAUCAUCCUCUGGUCGAGGGCCGACAAAGAGGUGCCCAUGCCCGACGGCGGCCUUCAGACAGAGAGCUACGACGGCGCACUGCGCAUUGUUAAUGUGUCCCGCGAGAUGACGGGAACCUACCGCUGCGCCACCAGCCAGUACAACGGCUUCAACGUCAAGCCCCGGGAAGCACUGGUAGAGCUCACUGUGCAGUAUCCGCCGGCAGUAGAGCCACUGUUCACAGAGAUUCGCCAGGGUUUGGGCCGCGCUUUCACCCUCAACUGCCGCAUGCUGCGGGCCCACCCGUCCAAGGUGCUCAAGUACGAGUGGAAGCUGGGCACCCGGCUGCUGACCAUGGGCCAGUUGGACCAGCGCGACGAGACUGACUACCACGUCAGAGCCCUCAACAGGGAGGGCUACGGGGAGUACACCUGUGAAGUGACCAACGAGGCCGGGGCGGGUGCCUGCAGGUUCUUAGUCACAGGGAGGGCCUAUGCCCCAGAGUUCUACUAUGACACGUACAGUGCGUUGUGGCAGAACCGGCCCAGGGUCUACGGCUUCAAGCUACAGUGGACCCAGCAGAACCCGCUGUCUGUGGAUCGCAUCGUGGCCUACCGACUGGGGAUCAAACAGACGGGCCAGUCGAGGUGGUGGGAGCAAGAGAUCCCCAUGGAGGGAGCGAUCGCCAAGGGCGAGCUGAUCACCCACAACCUGACGGAGCUCAUCAAGCCAGAGGCCUACCUGGUCCGCCUCACCCCCAUCACACGCUUCGGGGAAGGAGACUCCACGGACAGAACCAUCAGAUACAGUGCUCCAGUCAACCCUCACUUGAGAGAGUUCCAGUGCAGCUUUGAGGACGAGGCUGUGUGUAUGUUCACCCAGGACAAGACGGAUGACUUUGACUGGACCCGACACAGUGCCGCCACCAGAGACACCAAGUACACGCCCAACACCGGGCCCAGCAGUGACCGAGUGGGCUCCAAGCAAGGUUUCUACAUGUACAUCGAGACGUCUCGACCUCGCCUGGAGGGAGAAAAGGCUCGACUGUUGACCCCCACUUUCAACGUCGCCCCCAAAAGCCCUUAUGGGACUGUGACGUCCUCUCCCACCUACUGCUUUGGUUUCUACUACCACAUGUAUGGGAAACACAUAGGAGCGUUAAAUGCUUACUUACGACAGAAGGGCCAGUCGGGCGCAGACAGUUCCGUGUGGACCCUGGUCGGGAACCAAGGGGACCGAUGGAAGCAAGCCAAAGUCAACAUUCACCCAACAGCCUCUUUCCAGUUGGUUCUGGAAGGAAUUCGGGGUCCUGGGAUAGAAGGGGAUAUCGCCAUAGAUGAUGUCACCAUUGAGGAAGGAGAAUGUAAAGACCCUCCACACAACAAUCUGAGAUCACUGUCUCCUCCCACCGCGCAUCAUAUAUGGCAGUUCUUGGUCACACUGACCCUGGUGUUUGUGGGUCAUCAGAGGUGACCCCUCUCUCCCAGGAGGAGCAACCUGAUGCUGGCCCUACCCCUGUGGAAGAAUCUGCAGACUUUGACUGUCUAAACCCCCCAAAACUACCAAAGAUUCACUCCUCUUCAGUCUUCAGGAGAGCAGCAGCAGUCCAAGCGCUGGUCCAGGGUGGAGCAUGCAGGAAACAAAAAACUCUGUCAAUCUUGUUUUUUUUUUCUGAAAUAUGCACAGAGAGCAUUUCAAGGUCAGGACUCCAGGGUCAGGAUGGAGAGCCGGGUUCUCCAUAGUAGACGCUCCAGUAGUAGGGGCUACACCUAAUUUCCCCCCCCACAAGGUGAAGCCAGUCGAAGCAGAGUGUGGGUGCCAUCAUUGUGUAUAUUGGCUCAAGGAUCGGAACGGAAUGGUACAUUUCUGUAAAGCACAAGGACACAUGAUGUGGUCCCAUUUUUUUCUUUUCAUUUUCAUAUGUUAAUUGUUUGCUGCUUGUCAAGGCCAAGGAAUAACUAUAAUUCAUUGCUUAAUGAGAUGGGUGUUGAAGAGGUUGAUUUUAUGUUAAGAGUAUAAAAUGUACGAAAUUCGCUCAAUAACCCACAUUGACCCGAAGUUAUUUUCUCAUGAAUAUGUUAGAGACUGCUAUUCCUCUUUGUGUUGUCGCUUUAACCCCUUUUAAAACUCAGAGGCUGCCUAGGGUCGGAUUCAUCAAAAUAUGUAUAAACAAACACGUGCAUACCUUCUGCCCAGAGGCUAAACUCCGACUGCUUAGUGCAUUAUAUGCAUAUCUGUAAGUCAAUUCAUCACAAUUAUUCCUCUGUGUUUUUUUUUUUGAGGUUGCUUAAAAUGUUGGUUUCAUUAAAAAGUGCAUACACUGGUUACUUUACUAUGUAGUGGCUGAACUAUGGUGUGCCUGGCGUAAUCAACCUCUGGACCUCUGCACAGUCAACUCUAUUAGAUCCUUUCGACCUACUGUAGGGGCUUCUCUGUUGCCCUUAACUUCUACAAUGUGAUUUAAUGAACAGUGACAUGAAAUAUCUCUCUUUCAUUAUCUAAACGGGAUUGAUGAGGAUUUUUAAAGCUAAAGUAGUCUAGCUUGUAUUAACAAUGGUAGUUGCAAUCCAGCCAUUUGUAUGAAAGUUUAGCGUCUCUUUUAUUUCACUUUCUAUUACCUAGCUUCUCCUUUCACCUCCUGACCAAUCACUAAUCGAUCAGGUCACAUGUAGUGCUUAAAGACCAGGGCCCGGUUUCCCAAAAGCAUCUUAAGGCUAAAUUCAUCGUUAGAAACUUCUUAAGAGCAUAGGUAAAUCUCUGAGCUGUUUCCCAAAACCAUCGCUCUUAACGUUGCACUUGAAAAUGCUUGAAAUCGGACACUUGCCUCGGACCACUCGUAGAACAUGUGCGUCGUUAGAUGCUUUUUUUGCCCUCCUGCAUCACUCUGUAAUCAGAAAAUCUCUGCUAAACAUAGAAUCACAUUGUUAUCUGCGCCGAUAAAGUUGACUACAAAUACAAAGUUGGCAUUGUCUUUUCAAUUGAUACAAACAAUUUCAAGAUGCUUGAAAUUAAAACUGAGAUGACUGCAUUCAAAUAGAAAUACAGUAGGCUAUAGGCCUAUUUCAAUCACAUUGAAAUACUAUAUAUUUCAUGUUCAAUCAAUUGAGUUCUAUUUUGCUGCUUGUAGGCUACUGUCUAUUUUGUCUCAAUAUAUUUCAUAAUGUGUAGCCUAACAUGUGGCAUGAUGUGCUAAAUCUUGAUUUACCUCAUUAUUAUAGGGUAAGCAUUAGAACAAGCCUCCUCAAUAUUUGAAGCCAUAGGUGCUAAUAUCUUUCUAGGAGCUGAUCCAUCAUCAGGAUUGAUGAAUAAUUCUAAUGUUAAGGUAAGAUUUGAAUGGGGAAAACUGAUCUGAGAGCAGCGCUGCCUUUCUUUCUAUUCUAUCCUACCAGUGUUGACACAUGUCUGUCUCAACGACACACUAACAUGCUGACCAGAGCGGACACGUCGCGUGCGCGAGCGUUGCAAAAUAAAUGUAGAAAUCCAUGUUAUUCAAUUACUGCACCCACACUGCUCGCACGCUCCAACAAACUUCUGCGUUGCCAAGGGCUAAAAUAGAAGUAAUUCCUAUUUCUGACGCAGAUCGCGCUGCAAGUCCUGCCUCUCCCAUCUCCUCAUUGGUUUAUAGAAGCAGGUACCCACGUGCCAUCUCCUCAUUGGUUCUACCCACGUGGGUGAUUGAAAGACAAACUGUUUUGCCGGUCGUGGUGGUAAUAGUAUGAAAGUUUAGAUGCCAAUCAUCAUAUAAGUUCAAAGAUGAAAAAGCCUGGAAGGAGGAGAGAUGACUAGAAACGAUUCGGUUGACCGUUUUAUGUGUGGAUUAAUUGUCGGAGUAGAAUACCUUGUGCAUUUCAGGUAAAAUAACAACUCAAUGUUUACAUCCCAGGACAAAUUAGCUAGCAACAGCAAGCUAGCUAAAUAGGAUAAAUUAGCUAGCAAGUGCAAGCUAGCUAGCUAAAUUGCCAUACGUGUUUCAUGGUUUUCGACCUGUCCCCAAAUUAAUGUAAUUGGUUCAGAGUUUGUUUUCAUAUUUUAACCUGAAAAGAAUCUGUUGAGCAAGGCACUUAACCCUAGUAAGUCACUCUGGAAAAGAGUGUCUGCUAAAUGUCAAGAAAAAAAUUACUCAAAAAAUUACUGGAGGAAAUUCAAGCUCAUGUUAUUUUAUUUCAUGUUAUAGUAGUUUCUCUCUUGCAACUGCCAAGAUUAAUAUCCGUUUUCAAUACAAGUCAUUGUCCUGACCUUUGAUUUCUGCAUGGCUCCAUAAAGCACAUAAAAAUAUGUACUACAAAAAAAAGAAAAACCUUGAAUGUCAAUGCUAUCUUUCUCUUCCUGCAUGAGUUGUACUCAUUGAUCAUGAUACUGUGUCCAUGCAUGCUUGUGUCAGUCUUCGGAAGGUUACUUUAUGAACAGCUGUUUUUGCAUCUUUUGCUAGUCCUCUCGGGAUAAGAUAAGACGCUGCUGUGUGCCAUGAAAUCAAGUGCCUUCAGACUUAGUGGAAGAUUACAUGAAUGGAAAAACCGACAUUGGCUAGUUUACCAUCCAAGCAUUUGCCCCUUAGGCACAUUUUAUAGAGAAAUAAUCAAUCAUGCUGUAAUCUGCAGCUAACUCUAGAAUCAAGGGUCAACUCUGCAUGUGGUGGCACAGUGUCAAAUUAUGGAUAUCUACACAGCUCUCUUUAUUUUGACCUAGGAGAAUGACUUACUGCCCUUGACAGUCUAGGCUUUUGGAGUGGGACUUGUGCUCAAGCAGAGAAAGGAUGGUGGCCAAGCUUUGUCAGAGUGACUGAGCGAGAACGGGGAGCUCUUAGAAAUAAGCAAUGACAAAAAAAUCGACUUGUAGGGAGGGAUGCUUUUGAAGUCUACCAAUUCAUUUCAGCUGGACCCGCUGAGAAAGACAUUAUUGCGACUUUGUCCAAGGACUGUGAAAGGAAGACCUUUCAGGUGUGACUCUUACGGCUGAUAAUGGCCUUGGCUUACCUGGGUGUCUGUCAGUCCAUUAGAUCAGGCUGUGUGGUUCUCACAGACCUAUUUUAGUACUCAAAUAAGAGUGCAACUCUACUUUUACAGAAACUGUAAAGACCUUGGAACUACCUGAGACCAUGAGUUACCUUAACCAGCUGGUUUUUGAAGAAAAAAAUAUGUAUUGUAAAAUUACUCUACUAUUGUUCGUAAAAAACAUGUUUUGGGAGAAAAUGUACAUUUCCCUUUUUAUUUUCUGAUUCCUUUUUUUUUUUUUUUUUACAGAAUAAUCAGAAAUAGGCUGUAAGGGUCCUAUUCUGACUUAGGAAAUUACACCUUUCUUACGCACACCUUUCCUACGCACUUCUCAGUAGGCCGUGACAGUGUUUACAGAGGAAGCAAAUUAAGGUAAACGAAACAAUGUCAUUAAAUGGAAUAAUAAUGUAGGCAACACCAAGUGAAGGGAAGUAACAGUAAAUUGGCAGUUGAAUAUGUGUGGUUAUUAGGUCUACUGACGGUCGAUACUGAUAGUGACUAAUAUUUAAAUGUUAGAAAUAGGAAACAGACAGUCGGGGUAGCCUAUAAUUAAGGAAUUAGAGCGUGCCCAUCCCUGAAAAUUAAAAGGCAGUACAAUUUAAAUUCUGCAUAUUUCAUAAACUUUCAUGUGGGAAAGUUGCUAUGUUGAUAUGCUUCAGGUUGCUGCCAUAUGAGUGGUUUCACAUUGGUCUCCAGUGAUUAUGAGGGAAAAUAUAUCUAAAACAAGUGUCAUUUAUGUUUAUAAUUCCUUUAUCCAAACGGAUUACUCAUUUAUCCAGCUCUUCUUAAAAGCUCUUAUCCAGCUGUAAAUAACAGGGCAGAAUAAAGUAGAUGCUUUUUCCACUUGGAACCGGUAGGUUUGCCAGACCUUAUUCAUGGUUUAGUCUCACGUAAAGGUGGUGGAAUUAUUAGGGAAUUAAGUCAGAAUAUGGCGUAUCUGCAGACACACCUCCACCAUUCCCUCAUUUACUCAAUCUCCACCCAAAACUAAUAGCAGGUGAAUAGCAUGCUAUUCUCAUGUUUAUAUUCAAGGUCAGAAUACGCAUAGAGAGAAAAGUGCGUUAAAAAAGGGGAUUACGUUCCAUUAACCCAUGCUUAACUCAGGUCGGAAUCGGGCCCUAAGCAAAUACAUAUGGUGAACAUCACAUUAUAAAAUAUUCUGUAAGAAACCAUUUGUCAUUCAAAAAGCACAAGAUGACACAAAACAGAUUUUGACAAAAUGUAGUACAUUUCUCACACAGAUUUAGGCCGAGACAGUUCCUCUCAGCAACCUGUUAAAACAGAAGAAAAUGUGUUCUUCUCUGUUCAAUGAAAUUAUUAAUGUAAAUCAUAGCAUGUGUGGUCACUUUUAAUAAUAGAAAAUAUAACAUUUCAUUGAACAGUUCGCUUUAUAACUUCCAUUCUCCCAUGUCUCUCAAUUCAAUAUUUGAUUGCAUUGUUUAUCUGCAGACGUUAAAGGGAAAAUCCACUCAAAUUAUAUUUUGGUCUUUUUUUCAUUAGUCAUGACGCGCUCAAAACAACUAGGAACUUCGGAACUUGGAAAUCUCAGACGUCAGUAUGUUCAAAACAACUGGAAACUCGGGGGAAAAAACGAGCUCAGACUGGGAAAAAUAGUUUUGGACGUUCAUCCAACUCGUAAUUUCAAGCUCCGACUUUCUGACCAGAAGAUCAUUGACAUCAUGAUUUGACCUUGUUUCUUAAUGAGUUCCCAGUUGUUUUGAAAGCACCAUCAUUUCAAGAGGCAAAGUGUCACUGGCCGCAUCAUCAUGACAAUGCAAAAUGCAUCAUAUGAUGUAGCCGGUGACACUUUGAUUCUUGAAAGUCCAAUAUCAUUAAAACUUCCCUGCUGACAUGCAAAACAUUUUAGGAUUGUAUCAACAGUGGACUAAUGAAAAAUAUACCAAAAGAUAGUUUUUGGCCGUAUUUUCCCUCAUGACUACUUCAAAGUAAUGGAUACAGAUACAGCAGAUACAUUUUUCAUUGCUUCUGGUCCGCUCUGUCAUUCUAUACUGAACUAAAAUAUAAACACAAUAUGUAAAGUGUUGGUCCCAUGUUUCAUGAGCUGAAAUAAAAAAUCUCAGAAAGUUACCGUAUGCAUAAAAAGCUUAUUUCUAUCAAAGUUUGUGCACAAAUUUGGGAGUGCUGAGGAGUAUUUCUGUCUUUAAUAAAGCCCUUUUGUGGGUAAAAACUAAUUCUGAUUGGCUGAAUCUGGCUCCCAAGUAGGUGGGCCUAUGCCCUCCCAGGCCCACCCAUGGCUGCGCCCCUGCCCAGUCAUGUUAAAUCCAUAGAUUAGGGCCUAAUGAAGUUAUUUCAAUUGAGUGAUUUCCUUUUAUGAAUCUCAAUAAAAUCCUUGCAAGUGUUGCAUGUUGCGUUUAUAUGUUUGUUCAGUAUAUACAUACAGUUGAAGUCGGAAGUUUACAUACACCUUAGCCAAAUAUAUUUAAACUCAGUUUUCCACAAUUCCUGACAUUUAAUCCUGGUAAAAAAUUCCCUGUCUUAGGUCAGUUAGGAUCACCACUUUAUUUUAAUAAUGUGAAAUGUCAGAAUAAUAGGAGAGAGAAUGAUUUAUUUCAGCUUUUAUUUCUUGCAUCACAUUCCCAGUGGGUCAGAAGUGUACAUACACUCAAUUAGUAUUUGGUAGCAUUGCCUUUAAAUUGUUUAACUUGGGUCAAACGUUUCGGGUAGCCUUCCACAAGCUUCCCACAGUAAGUUGGGUGAAUUUUGGCCCAUUCCUCCUGACAGAGCUGGUGUAACUGAGUCAGGUUUGUAGGCCUCCUUGCUCACACACGCUUUUUCAGUUCUUCCCACAAAUUUUCUAUAGGAUUGAGGUCAUGGGCUUUGUGAUGGCCACGCCAAUACCUUGACUUUGUUGUCCUUAAGCCAUUUUGCCACAACUUUGGAAGUAUGCUUGCGGUCAUUGUCCAUUUGCAAGACCCAUUUGCGACCAAGCUUUAACUUCCUGACUGAUGUCUUGAGAUGUUGCUUCAAUAUAUCCACAUCAUUUUCCUACCUCAUGAUGCCAUCUAUUUUGUGAAGUGCACCAGUCCCUCCCGCAGCAAAGCACCCCGACAACAUGAUGCUGCCACCCCCGUGCUUCACGGUUGGGAUGUUCUUUGGCUUGCAAGCCUCCCCCUUUUUCCUCCAAACAUAACGAUGGUCAUUAUGGCCAAACAGUUCUAUUUUUGUUUCAUCAGACCAGAAGUAUUUGGUCUUCGAUCUUUGUCCCCAUGUGCAGUUGCAAAUCGUAGUCUGGCUUUUUUAUGGCGGUUUUGGAGCAGUGGCUUCUUCCUUGCUGAGCGGCCUUUCAGGUUAUGUCGAUAUAGGACUCGUUUUACUGUGGAUAUAGAUACCUUUGUACCUGUUUCCUCCAGCAUCUUCACAAGGUCCUUUGCUGUUGUUCUGGGAUUGAUUUGCACUUUUCGAACCAAAGUACGUUCAUCUCUAGGAGACAAAACGCGUCUCCUUCCUCAGUGGUAUGAUGGCUGCGUGGUCCCAUGGUGUUUAUACUUGUGUACUAUUGUUUGUACAGAUGAACGUGGUACCUUCAGGCGUUUGGAAAUUCCUCCCAAGGAUGAACCAGACUUGUGGAGGUCUAAAAAGAAAAAUCUGAGGUCUUGGUUGAUUUCUUUUGAUUUUCCCAUGAUGUCAAGCAAAGAGGCACUUUUGAAGGUAGGCUUUGAAAUACAUCCACAGGUACACCUCCAAUUGACUCAAAUGUUGUCAAUUAGCUUUUCAGAAGCUUCUAAAGCCAUGACAUCAUUUUCUGGAAUUUUCCAAGCUGUUUAAGGGCACAGUCAACUUAGUGUAUGUAAACUUCUGACCCACUGGAAUUGUGAUACAGUGAAUUAUAAGUGAAAUAAUCUGUCUGUGAACAAUUGUUUGAAAAAUGACUUGUGUAAUGUACAAAGUAGAUGUCCUAACCCGACUUGCCAGAACUGUAGUUUGUUAACAAGAAAUCUGUGGAGUGGUUGAAAAACGAGUUUUAAUGACUCCAACCUAAGUGUAUGUAAACUUCCGACUUCAACUGUAAGUACCGCCAGCAAACUGAUUUCAUUUGAUUCAUUUCAUUGCUUUUUAAUGUAUGUCAACAAAACAAAUUCUCUCCUAGCCUACCAUCUUGAGCCAAGUUAGCGUUUCAAUUCUACCCUCAAAGUAAACCCAUAUAUUCUAUUGUACAGCAGAUUUCAACUGGCACUUUAACUCAAUAAUGCAUUUGCUCAAAUGGGAACAAAAUAAAUGUAUUAUUUGGGGGUAAUCAUUCUCUUGACAACAACACCCCAGAACAGAACUUUAUCUAACUAUCAGAAAAAAUAAUAUUUUAUAACUAUUAUUAUCUGCAACAGACCACCUGUCAUAAUUUGGAUUUGAUUUCCCAGAUGAUUACAUUGCAUUAUUAUGAAUAAAUACCCUUCAAAUGUC